UCAGCAACAGUGAGCUGGUCAGUUCGGAAGAACGUGAUAUACUUAUCCAUUCAAUUAUUCAACAUCCAUUUCUAACAAAAUAAAAAUCAACAAGCGCUCUUAAUCUCUUGCUUCUUUUGGUUGCCGUCUGUCUUAAUAAUACAUUGUUUUUUUCAACUCCAUUGCCGGCUCUCUGUAUAGAAAUAGUAAGUUUGCCGUAUCUUAGAUUUUGGUAAUCCGUUCUUCCGAUCUAAAAGGGAGAUAUGGUGAGAACAGAGUAUAUAGCCAUGAAAACUGAUGAAAAACCCACUGAAACACUCACUUCUGAUCUUCAAGAUCUAAAAUCCGCUGCUAAGAAAUUCGCUAACGAUGUCAUCAAGCUUGGGGGCUUUGGAUUCGGAAGUUCCUUCUUCCAAUGGUUAGCUUGUGUCGCUGCCAUCUAUUUGUUGAUCUUGGAUCGAACAAACUGGAAGACAGAAAUGUUGACUCAACUUUUGAUACCUUACAUUUUCUUUACUCUUCCUAGCGUAGUUUUCGACUUCGUAAGAGGAGACCCAGGAAAAUGGGUUGCUUUUGUUGCAGUCGUGUUGCGCCUCUUUUUCCCAAAGCAUUUCCCAGAAUGGUUUGAAAUGCCUGGAGCGUUGGUUCUUCUGUUGGUUGUGACUCCUCAUUUGUUUGCUCACACCCUAAGAAAUAGUUGGGGUGGUGUUGCCAUUUGCCUUGCCAUCGCAUGUUUCUUGCUACAAGAACACAUCCAAAAAUCAGGUGGUUUCAGAAAAUCAUUUACUCAGAGUAAGGGUCUUUCCAAUUCCAUUGGCAUCCUUCUUUUGAUGGUCUAUCCAGUCUGGGCACUAGUUCGAUUUCUCAUCUAGAAACUGGCCCUCUUUUUAUUUUCAGCAACAAUGUAUUCAUAUUGCGUUGUGUUCGAGUGUGUGUGGGUGUGUAUCAUGUACUUGUAAAUCUGCAGAUAAACUGCCACCGAGUGAUAAAUGUGAUUAUAUGACGCAAUUUAUCUUUCAUU